AAUGAAUUAACGAUACUGAAGAGACGAUCAGUAGCUCCUUCAGAGAUCCAAGGUCACGUGGGAACAUCAUCAUCAUCAUGGACGUGAGCGCGUUGUUCAAGGCCAGCGUGAAGCUGGUGGACUCCCGCAACCGGGAGCUGGGCACGGCGACGUCGACGUCGUCGUCGAGGAGGACCGCCUCCUCGAGGAGCGCCUUCUGCACGAAGGCCCAGACGGUGGUCGCGCAAAUCUCGAAGCUGCGCGAGUUUCUGUUGGAGAAUCGCAAGGCCUACCUGAACUUCUCCAGCUACCUGUCAUCCUCGCAGCGGAUGACGGACGCGGAGCGCGACGAGAUCGACGUGGGCGGGCAGCGGAUCAUGAGCACCUGCUCGCAGCUGGUGAAGGACCUCAGGCGGGAGGUCGCCUCGUCCACGGACGACCUGACCCGGCAGAACGUCGAGCACCGCGAGAUCAUGCUGCUGCUGAUCGAGGAUUAUCUGAAAAACGUCUGUCACAUCUACUCGGAGCAGAAGGCGAUGCGGGUGAAGAGGACUCUGGAGAUGCAGAGGAUCUCCAGACUGCAGGCCGAGCCCAGGCCGGAUCGUCGUCGACUGGAGACCAGGAGAGCGCUGGACGAACGCGAGACCAAGAAUCACUCCAACGAGUCCAGUCCGAUGAGGAUACAAGAGAUCAACGAGGACGUCACGUCCUCCACGUUGACCUACGAGGAGGAACCCUCGGCCGAGGACGUGCAGAUGUUCGAGUCCGAGAACGAGCAGUUGUACAACGAAUUGAAUAACUUGACGGAGGAGGUCAAGCAGAUUGAGAGCAAGGUGGUGCACAUCGCUGAGCUUCAGGAGAUCUUUACGGAGAAGGUGCUGGAUCAGGAUAAGGACCUGGACAGACUGAUGACCACUGUGGUGGGAUCCACGGAGAAUGUGAAGGAGGCCAAUGAACAGAUUCGACAAGCGAUUCAACGCAACGCUGGUCUCAGAGUGUGGAUCCUCUUCUUUCUUCUGGUGAUGUCGUUCUCUCUGUUAUUCCUCGACUGGUAUAAUCCAUAAGAAAUGAGCAGAAAGGACCAUUGUUUAUAUAAAAAACACUUGAAAUAAUCUGUGCAAUGGAAAUAAUCUGAUUUACUGAUAAUUAUUAUUUUUAUUCGGUGGAUUAUAUUAAAUUUUAUGCAUUGUACCAAUUUGUUGUACAACGAGCUGAAUAACUUGACGGAGGAGAUCAAGCAGAUUGAGAGCAAGGUGGUGCAUAUCGCUGAGCUUCAGUAGAUCUUUACAGAGAAAGUACUGGAUCAGGAUAAGGACCUGGACAGGCUGAUGACCACUGUGGUGGGAUUCAUGGAGAAUGUGAAGGAAGCCAAUGAACAGAUUCGACAAGCGAUUCAACGCAACGCUGGUUUCAGAGUGUGGAUCCUCUUCUUUCUUCUGGUGACGUCGUUCUUUCUGUUAUUCCUCGACUGGUAUAAUCCAUAAGAAAUGAGCAGAAAGGAUUGCUUAUAUAAAGUACCAAUUUGCAGUACUUAUAUUUUUUAUAAGUGUAAAAAAGGACAAACAAGUGUAUUGUGUGGAAGGAAAAAAAAGAAAAUAGUCUCCCAAAAUAUGUGUUGCUAUAUUUUAUCUCAGACAUCAUUGUACAUAAGCUAUAGUUAACUUAUGGGUAAUAAAAUUUGUGUAGUAUAUAUAUUUAUAUAUAUUUACUUAUGUACAUGCGCGUAAUUUACUUAUCUUAUUUUAUCAUAUAUGCACGCACAGAGACAUACAUACACAUUCCGCAUUGCUUGGUCAGUCAACACUUUUUUUUUGCAUUUGUUGAUUAUGACAAUUGCUAGGAAACAUAUGGAAGAGUCGUUCCUGACAAUUGUCGGCGAUUAGUGUGUAUGUACGUCUCCCAAGGUACAUUAUUCGUAAAAAAUAAUUAAAUUGAUUAGAUUCGACGACAGACAAUUUAUCUCGUACAAAAUAGACGUCUAUAUUUGUAAAAAUAAAUCAAUAGAAAGGGGAAUAA